AUGUUUGAGGCGUCCUUAAAAUCGUUACCCUCGCUUGUCAAGAUCUUCUAUUCAGUGCUGUUGAAGAAGCCUUUUCCACAACCAGCUACCCAGCCCUCUCGAAGCAUCUUGUCACCCUUCUCCGAUCUCAGGACUCUUUUCCAGUCGCUCAGCACAGACGUGCGGGCUGAGGAUGGGCUCGAGGCCAAUCAACGGUAUACCGUGAUGGAGCAGCUGUUGUACGGCUCAGAUGACGACCAGCCACUGGAUCUGUCAGUGAAAAGAGACGUUGACACGCAGGGGCAUUUCAGUGACGCCGACUGCGGUGAUUGUCUCAGUGAGAGUUCCGACGAUGGACAUGAAGUCGGCGAAGAGAUCCCCGUGAGCGCCUUCUUUCGACCGUCUGAGCAGUCCUUCGCUCUAAUGGGUUCCAGCAUACGCCUGAGAAGUCGUCACACGCCAGUUCUGUGGCAGUUCCUCCUCAUGUGUCUCAACGACGAACAAUGCAAUCCUGCGCUGAUUGAAUGGGUUUCGAAGGAGAAUGCGGUGUUUCGGCUGACAAACGCGUCCAUCUUGGCGAAGUUGUGGGGCCAAGUGAAAGGCAGGACGAAGAUGAACGUUGAUCAUCUGAAGCGUUCGUUGAGGUCCUAUUAUGCGAAGAAUAUUUUGAGGCGAAUCGACGGACCACUCAACACGUACCAGUUUGUAAUAUAG